CCGACAGCCUCGCCAUGGUGAACCUGGGCGUGCGGCGGGUGGAGGAUGAUGUGGCCGCCAGGCACCCGGCGCUGCAGCAGUACGCGGCCUGCCAGUCUCACGCCUUCAUGAAGGGCAUCGGCACCUUCCUGGCAGGCAGCGGGGCCGCCUUCGCGGUGCAGAAGAUGGCUCGGCAGAAGCUGCCAUACAGCCUGCAGUGGAGCCUGCUGUUGGCUGCGGCUGCAGGGUCCCUCGGAAGCUACGUGGUAACCAGAGCUGAGACACAGAAAUGCUCCAACUUCUGGAUUUAUCUGGAGACAGGCAAGUCCCCACAAGAGCUCGCCGUGACUGGUGGGGUGUCUCAGCCCGCAGAAAACCUCCCUAGUGCAGAAGAUGGGGACGGCACUACAACACUGCUGAGGAGAAACAGGUACGGUGACGUGGUGGAGUAGCCAGCAGAGCAUAGCCUGCCGUGCUCGUGUCCUGCUUUCACUCCCUCCUGUCUGCUCAGCCUGAUGCUGCCCAUGCUGCCCUUGAGGGUGGUGGGCUUGGUGACACUUCUGGGAAGCUCAGAGGACUUGAUCCUGCCAGAGGGAGCAUGGUGGAGGCACCUCAGGGAUUGCUGCCUGCCCCAUGGCCUCUGCACAUUGCACUGGGGGUACAAUAAAAGUUGAGAGCUGAA